AUGACAUCGGCGGAGCCCUCAAUCAACGGCACUGUAACUAAGCUUAAGAAAGCCAAUGAUGUGCGCAUUGAACUAGGCGAACUGACUGUACACAAUGUAAAUCAGCUAAAGAUUAUCAACAGAACAGUUUUUCCUGUACAUUAUACGGACAAAUUCUAUACCGAUCUUCUUAAACAACCACAACUCUGUCGCCUUGCCUACUUUAACGACAUAGUCGUCGGGGCAGUUUGCUACCGAUUUGAAAAGUUAAAUGGAGCGGAAAACCUCAAGAAGUGCUAUAUUAUGACUCUGGGUUGUCUGGCACCUUAUCGUCGUUAUGGUGUCGGUUCUCUGCUUCUUCGUCAUGUUCUGCGGAAAUGUAUGAAAAACAAGCAAGUACAGUCAGUUUAUCUUCACGUGCAUAUUGAAAAUGAUGCUGCUGUAAAGUUUUAUGAGAAAUUUGGCUUCCAAAUCACAAGCAAGAUUGAAAAUUAUUACCACCGGCUUUCACCGCAGGAUGCCUACAUUCUAGAGAAACAAUUGGACCACUCAAUUUCAGUCAGUGAUUCAGAUUCUGACUAA